GAGCAGAACAAAGCUGGGAGCUGCCCCAAAUACAAGUGCAGCUAAGAAGAAAAUACACACGAGAGAGGGCACCACCACCACCAGGACACUCACUGUUUCCUGUAAACAAUAUUUAGAGGUAGGGAGAAAAUGAGCAAGGUGCCAAGAAGAGAGAGUCCAUGGGGGAUGCCAGAAGGAGACAAUCGCGAACCAAAGGCACAUCGAUGCAAUGAUCGAGCUGAGGAUGUUAUCCAGGCUUGUUUUGAGGGAAACCCGUUUAAGACAGUUCCUGGACCUUUCAAGCUCUUCUGGCAAUGCAUGCGCUCUAAACCUGGGGAGGAACCAACAGAGCCGUACACCUAUUUGCAAAUUGAUCCCCCAAGGAGAGAGGUGCAACUUGAGUAAAAACAGCUUCUUUCACUGCAUUCGUGAGAUUUCCAUUUGUUCCAAUCUUAUGUUUGCUAGGCUUCCAACUUUUGGUUAUCUCAUCAAAUGGGUGAAUUGUAACAAAUAUUCGCAUUUGGAGUGGCGGCACAGGUAUUCUAGCCUUUCGCUUUGCAAUAAUGAUUUGGUUCAUUGAGUACAAAAGGUAAAUUGAUGUGAGUACUUUCCUCGACAAUAUUUGGAAUCAAAAUAUUAUCGAAGUUGUAAAACAUUGUCUCAACUUUGCAGAUGUUGCCCUACAUGAAGCUUCUUUAGUGAUGUGUCA